GUUGGCAUGCUUUAAGUUUGAUAAGGGGCACUCCAUAUUUACUUACUGAGUUUAUCUCAUAGUUUUUCCUUGUCCACCAUUUCAGGAAGUGAAACCGAGGACGGGGAAACCACAGGAAGUGACGAGUUAGAAGGCUAGUCAUAUUGUAAUUGAACAUAGAUUUUAAAGAUUUGAUCUUUAGAUUGUGAUGGUAUCAGAGUAUGAUAUGAUUAACUUCCGAGCCUUGUGCACUUGUGGGACUCGUCUCACGAGUGUACGAUGUCUGUUGCGCCUCGAAUUUGGGUUUUGGGGCGUGACAGGGUAGUCCAAAUUCCCUCUAAUACUUUUUCACAGGAAUCAUAUCUUACGGCCUAAAAUGGGACAUCUAAAAAAUGAAAUCAAUUCAU